AUGCAAUGGGAGAGGCAUCUUCAGCAACUCUUAUUCAUUCAGUUUGUGUGGUGGAGAGUGGAGGGUGGUGGGGAGUGGACGGCCUCUGGAGCUUUAAAUUCUAUUUCUAAAACCUCUGAAAAAGUGAGAAAACACCUCUUUCAGCAUUUCUUAUCCAGGGGUGCCACUUCAGACCUUUGGGAACCCCAGCUGACUUCUCGGGUCUUGCUGUGGCUGCUAUGUCUGUGCCAGGAAUUAGACUUUCUAAAAAUAGCAUCCAUCAGUGGCUCAGCCAUGGGAGGUGGCAGACGGGCUGAUGAUUUGCCUUGUGCUUACAGAUGUGCUCUCUGA